CGGUAAUAUCAUCAAUUUAGAUGUUGUUGUGUACCUAAUGUGAGUGACACCCACUCUUAGCGUAAGAACGACUGAGCAUAUCCGCUAGUUCGAAGUCUUCUACGAACGUAUCCUCGACAUUGGCAUCCUGGAAUCUGGAGUCUUCAUAGCCAUAGCGGACCUUGUGGGACGUCGCAGUCUUGAUCGCAUCCUCCCUGAUCUGAUAGAGGCGCACGGCAUCCGUGUAGCCCAACUGUUCAACAUCUUCCUGGUCCAAACCCUCCCCCCGCGUGGCCAGCUCCGUGAACCCUCUGCGCAGCCAGUCUGCGACGUGAUAGUCUCGGGCAAGGACGACACGUCGCACGGCAGUGACUCUGUGGUUAAGUUGCUUGAUGGCGAGAUCACGCGCAUCGAGGAAGCGCCAGAGCGUCGAUAGCUUGAGCACCGAGAUCCACUCGUCCGUCGUCGUGGAAGUCAAGAUCUGGGGGAUAUCCCUGGGAUACAGAACAUUCAGUAAACAAGCGAAAUCCACUUUCUCGAUGCCCUCCAGCACGAAGGGGUGCUCGUCCG